UCUAGAAAUUCCAUUGGAGAAGAAUCAGUGGAACAGUUGGAAGAAUGAAUGCCUAGUGAGACUUCAAGUCGGAAACAUUAUGUCGUAUAAAACUUCCUAUCAGCCUUCUCCUCCACCACCACCACCUGUGUUUAAUCAGCCGCCUCCUUCAGGCGGUUAUUCAAACAAUCCUAACGUUGUAUAUGUUGUUCGACAACCACCUCCUGGUCCAACAACUUACAGUUCUUCUCCCGACACAGAUGCACUGGCUUGUUGUGUAGCUUGUUUGUCUGCUUUGGCUUGUUUCGAGUGCUGCCUGUUAAUUUAGUUGGAUGGUUGCGAAGUGGUAGUAUAGUUUUUUUAACUACAACUCCCUGAACUACCAUCAUAAGGAUAUUACGACCUAUUGUAUUGUUACUGGGACAUAGCUACCUUGCAGUAUUCUCCACUUAGGGAUGGUUAGUUUUCGUAUAAAGUUAUUUCAGAAACUAGUAAACGUGUGACUGUUUGU